CGCUAUGGAAGCCGGCAGGACAGCUGUGCUCCGGGUGAAGCGAAAGCGUAGCGCGGAGCCCGCGGAGGCCCUUGUGCUCUCUUGUAAACGCCUCCGGAGCGACGAGAGCGAAUCCGCUGACCAGAAGACGCCAGAGAGUCUGGGGAGACCGGCGGAGAAUAAUGUCUUCCAGUUGGUGGCCACCGUGUGCUCCCAGGAGGAGCCAGUCCAGCCGCUCCUGCGGGCAGCCCUUCGCCCGUCCCAGGGCAGCCAGCAGCGUAUCCGCCGCGAUCUCCGCUCGUCGGCUCGGGAGAUUCGGCAGGAGGGCCGCUACCGGGUGAUUUCCAGCCGCCGAUCCUUGGGGAUCACCUCUGGCGGCCUGGAGUCCGAAUACACGCUGGGGAGCCCAGAAGCCGCCCGGGACACAGGCUUCCAGCUGUUCGAUCUGGUCCACGAGGAGGGAGACUCAGAGGCCGCAGCCGCGGGCUCCUGCAAAACAUCUGACCCAGAUGUGAUCCUCUGCAAUUCUGUAGAAUUGAUCCGUGAGCAGUUAACUGUGUCUGAAGAUGGACCAGGAGUUGGGCCCCAGGAGGAACAAAAGCAUGAUGACUAUGUGUAUGACAUCUACUACUUGGAGAUGGCCACUCCAGGGUGGAUUGAGAACAUCCUCUCUGUGCAGCCCUACAGCCAGGAGUGGGAGCUGGUGAAUAAUGAUGAAGAACCAGAGGACAUUUAUGAAGAUGAAGAUGACGAGAACAGUGAAAAUAAUUGGCGCAAUGAGUACCCAGAGGAGGAGGAAAGCAGUGAUGGAGAUGAAGAUUCCAGAGGCUCUGAUGAAUACAGCAGCCUCAGUGAGGAGGAAAGAGGCUGCAGCAGACGACAGAUGUGGAACAAAUACCCUUUGGAUGUACAGAAGGAGUUUGGCUAUGACAACCCCCAGGACCUGGAUUCAGACUGAUGGUCUUGUGAUAUCCAUGAGGUUCUACCACAGGCCCUUGAGAACUCUGUGACUACAGUGUCUUCUGACCUGAUGACAUCCUCUUAGGUUUCCUAGCUUAACAUGUAGAAGCAAAAGCAUAUCCAACAGCAAUGAAUGCUCCUUUAGCUUUUUGGCCCAGGCAUUUUUCCUCGCACUCCAAUUCUCCUCCUACGCUAAAGCCACAAGGGAAGAGAGGCUCCUGUUUUAUCAGCAGUAAGAUUCUUUUUUCCCAUACUGCCAGGCUGCCUGCCUCCAGCAAAACUGUUCCUUUUGAUAGAGGGAAUCUAGAAGGGCUGCAGUGGGUCCCUUGUAGCAGCACAGCUGGACAGUAAUGGCCAUUAGGGCAGCAAGUACAGUCUCUGAGCUGUGAGAGGUUUUGGUUACUAGUUGUCUCUGCCACCCCACUUCCAGACUCUGAUAAUGACUGUAAAAAUUGCUGUCUUCCUUUGGCAGCAGUGCCAAGAACAGAAUAGAUAUGAAUGUGAUACUCCGUGUUUAGUAAAAACUAACUUUGAACAUGGAAGCAAGUAAAACCUCCUUUAAAACCUUG